AUGUUUAACUCCAUCAAGAAGUUGUAUGAUGAAUGGAGCAUCCAAGGUUUCGUUCUGUUCAGUCUCUCACUACAGAUCAUUCUAAUUCUGAUUGCACCAUUUAGAAAACGCACAGGAAAUGUGAUGGUAAUCUCGCUGAUUUGGCUAGCUUACUUGCUGGCCGAUUGGGCUGCUAUCUUUGCAUUGGGACUUAUUUCCAGCCGUCAAAAAUAUACUCAAAAAUUUGAUGAUCAUGCUGACAUUCUGGCGUUUUGGGCUCCCUUUCUUUUGUUACACCUCGGUGGUCCAGAUACCGUAACUGCUUUUUCUCUGGAGGAUAAUGCUCUCUGGCUAAGGCACUUGGUUGGGCUCCUAAGCCAGGUUCUCACUGCUAUUAUUGUCUAUGGCCAAUCCCUUCCCAGUAACAAGUUAUGGGUCCCUACUCUCCUUCUGUUUGUCGCUGGAACCAUCAAGUAUGGUGAGCGAACAUAUGCUUUAUUUCAAGCAAACCUGAAUACAUUUCGAAAAUCCAUUCUUAAAGCGCCUGACCCAGGGCCUGACUAUGCAGAGUUUAUGGAGGGAUACUCUGCAAUAGAAAAGGCCAAACGCCAACGUCCAAUGAUACACGUGCUACCAGGAGGUAUUGUCCUGAAACUCCAUGAAAGCGAUCUCGAUGCUAUUGCGGAGGUGCGACUUGCUUAUCACUUCUUCGAAAUGUUCAAGGGUCUCAUCGUGGAUCACAUCUUUAAUUUCGAAGAGCAUCGGGAGAGCCGAGAUUUUUUCGGUGACAGAACCGCAGAAGUUGUUUUUAAAGUCAUAGCAAUUGAACUAAACUUCUUCUAUACAGUUCUCUAUACGAAGGCUGUCGUGAUACGUUCCAUAUUUGGAUACUUUGCCCGGUUUAUAUCCAGUUGUGCGGUUGUUGCAGCUCUUUCAACCUUCUAUUCAUUAGAUAAGCAUGGUUUUGGCAAGAUUGACGUUGGAAUUACCUAUACCUUGCUCUUUGGUGCCAUAGCCUUGGAUACAAUUGCUCUCUUUACGCUGGCUUUCUCUGAUUGGACUGUUGCUGUUGCUUCCACCCAUGAGCGUGAGGUGAUCAUUUCAAUUACUUCCAAUAGGAAUAAAAGAAAAAGAUGGAAAGGAAUAAACAGAUGCUUCCUCCCUCUCGUCAGAUGCUUCUUCCCUCUCUUCAGAUACUUUCUCCAUCUCAAGAAGAUAAACUGGGGGGAAGGUUUAGAAUCAAUGAGUUGCUUGGGACGGGCUAGACGAAUCCUAUUCCGGAGGUGGCAUGAAUCAUUGGAUACAUACAAUUUUAUAGAUUAUUGUCUACAAGAACGUGCCAAAAAGAACCUUAAACCCUUCAAUUAUUUUGGCCGGAUAUUAAUUUAUGUCAGUGAAAAAUUGGGCCUUAAGGAUUUCUAUGAUCGGAUGAAAUACGUUUCCAAGAAACCAUUAACAAAAAAGCAAUGGGGUUUUAUCUUUGAUGGGCUGAAAAAGAAACAUUAUUCUCACAAUAUACGUUCAACCCGAGGUGAUUGGGUUCUACAAAAUAUUGAUGGGAUUAUUGGUAUUGAGAGUAGCAAGUUUAAGCAUUAUAUCGCCGACGUUGAUUAUGAUGAGAGCCUUAUGUUAUGGCAUAUUGCUACUGAACUCUGUUAUCAUACGGAGAGUCGUGAAGACAGCACCAAUAUUAAUCUUGAAUUUUGUAAAAUCCUUUCCGAUUAUAUGUUAUAUCUUCUUGUUAUACAGCCUACUAUGAUGUCAGCUGUAGCAGGUAUUGGCCAAAGAAGAUUCCGCGAUACCUGUGCCGAGGCCAAAAGAUUCUUCGACAAAAAGGUCGACCUAGGACAAGAACAAGAUCAAGAACAUAAACAGGCUUGUACUAGAAUCCUUGAAGUAAAUACUGAUCUGGAACCUGUUGCUGUGAAGGGGGAUAGAAGCAAAUCUGUGUUGUUCGAUGCAUGUAUUCUCGCCAAAAAGCUAAAAACUUUGGAGACUGAGAAGAGAUGGGGUGUAAUGAGUGAAGUGUGGGUGGAAUUGUUAUCUUAUGCUGCAAGCCAUUGCAAGGCCAAUGCUCAUGUUGCUCAACUAAGCAAAGGAGGAGAGCUUAUCACAUUUGUUUGGUUAUUAAUGGCUCAUCUUGGCAUAGGGGUCGUUCACUUCCAACAUAGUACUGGUCGUGAAAGAUUAGACUUUUUAUGA